AUGGAAAAUAAGCACACAAAAGAGAUGUUCUAUGUCAAGGCAAGAGUGAAACAAAUGAGAGCCGAGCCCAGUAGACAAAGAGCAAUUGUAAUCAAACAAGCUAAGCUAAGGUCUACCAAACCUGAAGCAACAACUCCACAUCUUUUCAGACGCAUAAUUGAGAGAGCCUAG